GCUCCUGCCGGCGCUCACAGCCCUGAUGGCCCCGCACCCCAGCAGACGCCUUGGCCGGCUGCUGCUGCUGCUGCUCACCUGCUGCCUUGUGCCCUCCUGGGCCAACCUGCUGACCCUGGACUGGCUGUGGUCCACCGACAUCGCCGACUCCAAAGACACACUGGUCUCCCAGCCCCAGGGCAGCCUGCCCGUGCAGCCUGCAGCGGCCCCCGCCACACGUGUGGCCCCCCAGGAUGACUCCGCGGAGCAAAGGACGGCCCCUGCCAGCCCCAGGCCACCCUUGGAGAAUCCGAAGGCCGCCCCAAGCAGGGCUCCUGGCGCUCCCAUCAGUGCCACCGCCCCCGCCGCCCCAGCUGCAAGCCCGGACACGAGGGAGGAGAACGUCGCGGGAGUGGGAGCCAAGAUCCUGAGCAUAGCCCAGGGCAUCCAGAGCAUCGUCCAGCUGUGGAACGAGGCCACCCCUACCCAGAGCUCUGCUGGAUCCGCCUCGGCCCCCACGGACCCUCUGGCCCUCACGGGGCCCUCCGGCCCGCCCGAGGAGAGCGGGACCACUCUCGGGCCUCACAGAGGAGCUCUGAGCUCUCUGGGCACCUGGACGGCCGAGUCUGGCACUCUGGCUGUGCCCACCCAGUCGCCUCCCUCCCUGGACAGGCUCCAGGCACCACUGAGGGGGCACUCGGUGCCACGGGAGUCCCCAGGUAGAGCUCCUCUCUCCUCCGUGCUGGGCAGGGACCCUCCCUGGGGAAGCCAGAUGUCCCCAGGGAGGGUCCAGCAUCUGAAUGGGAAAGGACACUUGCCUGCAGCAGCUGGUCCCAGCCAGCCCCACGGACGCCCUGCGUUUGGCUCGCCUCUCCUGCUUCCCCUGGUGACGGGUCCUCCUGGUGCGCACGGUGAACUCCCUGCUCUUUCCGCACACCCUGUGGCAGCUUUAAUGGGGAACCGUGGUGCUUGGGUUUCCCACGUGGCUGAUUCUGCGGGGCCUGGUCUCGCUAAUAACUCUGCACUGCUCGGGGCUGGCCCUCCGACUCCCACUGGCCGCUGCCUGCCCCUGCCGCCCACCCUGCCCAUCUGCGGCCACCUGGGCCUAGGGCGCUCCUGGCUGCCCAACCAUCUCCACCAUGAGAGCGGCGAGGAGGUGCAGGCCGCUGCGCGGGCGUGGGGGGGCCUCCUCCAAACACGCUGCCACCCCUUCCUCACCUGGUUCUUCUGCCUGCUGCUGGCCCCGCCCUGUGGCCAGGGCCCCCCGCCCGCCCUGCCGCCCUGCCGCCAGUUCUGUGAGGCUCUGCAGGAUGCGUGCUGGAGUCGCCUGGAUGGGGGCCGGCUGCCGGUUGCCUGUGCCUUGCUCCCUGCCCAGGAGGACGGGCACUGUGUGUUCAUUGGGCCAGCUGCAGACAGUGUCCGUGAGGAGGUGGGGCUGCCGCAACUCCUUGGAGAGCCCUCGCCCCAGCAGAUCACCCAGAUCGAGGACCCCGACGUCGGGCUAGCCUAUGUCUUUGGACCAGAUACCAACAGCGGCCAGGUGGCCCGGUACCGCGUGCCCAGCCCCUUCUUCCCUGACUUCUCGCUGCUGUUCCACAUCCGGCCGGCCUCGGAGGGCCCCGGGGUGCUGUUCGCCCUCACGGACGCGGCGCAGGCCGUGGUCCUGCUGGGCGUGAAGCUCUCGGGGGUGCAUGAUGGGCACCAGGACAUCUCACUGCUCUACACCGAGCCGGGAGACAGCCAGACCCGCACAGCGGCCAGCUUCCGCCUGCCUGCCUUUGUGGGCCAGUGGACACGCUUUGCGCUCAGCGUGGACGGCAGCUCUGUGGCUCUGUACGUGGACUGCGAGGAGUUCCAACGGCUGCCGUUUGCUCGGCCUCCACGGGGCCUGGAGCUGGAGCCUGGCGCUGGCCUCUUUGUGGGGCAGGCUGGGGGAGCCGACCCCGACAAGUUCCAGGGAAUGAUCGCAGAGCUGACGGUGCGUGGGGACCCCCAGGUGAGCCCCCUGCGCUGCCUGGACCAGGAGGACGAUGACGAGGAUGGGGCAUCAGGAGACUCUGGAAGUGGCCUCGAGGAGGAGGAACAGCUUCCCAGGGAGGGAGCGGUCGUGGCCCUGAGACCCAGCCUCCCCCAGCCUCCCCCCGUCACCUCUCCCCCCUUGGCCAGCGGCAGCAGCACAGAAGAUUCUAGAAGUGAAGAGAUCAGGGCAGGCACCACAGAGGCUCCGCCAGAAGUUCAGACCCUCCCUGGCUCAGAUUUGGAUGGCACUAGCGAUGAGAGUGCCCGGCGCCCUGGAAGCAGCCUGGAAAGGGGAGGCCUGAAGGGACAAAAGGGUGAGCCGGGAGCUCAGGGCCUGCCUGGCCCCGUCGGUCCUCCAGGCCCUGCAGGCCCAGUGGUGCAGGGUUCCAAUGCACAGUCUGUCCCUGGGGCACAGGGACCCCCGGGACCUCCAGGGCCACCAGGGAAGGAUGGUGCCCCAGGAAGGGAUGGUGAGCCGGGAGACCCGGGGGAAGACGGAAAGCCCGGUGACACUGGGCCACAGGGCUUCCCGGGGACUCCAGGGGAUAUAGGCCCCAAGGGCGAGAAGGGAGAUCCUGGGAUCGGGCCAAGAGGACCCCCAGGACCCCAAGGGCCUCCGGGGCCACCAGGACCCUCCCUCAGACAUGACAAGCUGACCUUCAUCGACAUGGAAGGCUCCGGCUUUGGUGGUGACCUGGAGAGCCUCAGGGGCCCACGUGGCUUCCCCGGCCCCCCGGGCCCCCCGGGUGUCCCAGGCCUGCCUGGCGAGCCUGGCCGCUUUGGCAUGAACAGCUCCCAUGCUCCGGGACCUGCUGGCCUUCCUGGGGUUCCUGGGCGCGACGGAUCCCCUGGGUUUCCAGGCCCCCCGGGCCCCCCCGGAGCUCCAGGAAAAGAGGGUCCACCAGGAAAGACGGGCCAGAAAGGCAGUCUUGGUGACACAGGCGCCCCAGGACCCAAGGGAGGCAAGGGAGACCCUGGCCCUGUUGGUGCUCCCGGGGAGAGCGGCUUCGUAGGAGCCCCUGGUCCCGCUGGACCUCCAGGACCGCCGGGCCCCCCUGGGCCACCAGGACCAGGACCUGCUGCUGGAUUUGACGACAUGGAGGGCUCCGGAGCACCUUUCUGGUCGACAGCCCGCGGCUCUGAGGGGCCACAGGGACCACCCGGCCCGCCAGGACUCAAGGGGGACCCUGGAGCCCGCGGGCCACCUGGGGCCAAGGGGGACGUUGGAGCCGACGGAGCCCGCGGGUCCCCUGGCCUCCCUGGCAGAGAAGGCCCGGCAGGGCCCCCGGGACCUAAAGGAGACAAAGGGAGCCCCGGAGAAAGAGGUGACCCAGGAAAGGAUGGAGUGGGACAACCAGGCCUGCCUGGACCCCCAGGACCCCCGGGGCCCGUGGUCUACGUGUCUGAUCAGGACCGAGCAGUGACCAGUGCACCGGGGCCUGAGGGCAGGCCGGGCUUCGCAGGCUUUCCUGGACCUGCUGGACCAAAGGGCGACCCGGGCUCCAGAGGCGAGCAGGGCUUCCCAGGACCCAAGGGGGAGAAGGGAGAGCCUGGCGGUGUCUUGGGCCCUGACGGCAGAACCCUGGGCCCUGCCCAGAAAGGAGCCAAGGGAGAGCCGGGCUUCCGAGGACCCCCGGGUCCGUAUGGGCGGCCUGGGUACAAGGGUGAGAUCGGCCUUCCUGGACGACCGGGUCGCCCUGGGGUGAAUGGGCUGAAGGGAGAGAAGGGGGAACCUGGAGACGCCAGCCUCGGACUUGGAAUGAGGGGCAUGCCCGGCCCCCCAGGGCCUCCUGGGCCCCCAGGCCCUCCGGGGGUGCCCCUCUACGACAGCAACGCAUUUGUGGAGUCUGGCCACCCUGGGCCUCGGGGACUGCAAGGGCUGCCAGGACCUUCUGGACCAAAGGGUGACAAAGGAGAAGUGGGACCACCUGGACCUCCAGGGCAGUUCCCCGUGGACUUCCUCAGCCUGGAAGCUGACAUGAAGGGAGACAAGGGGGACCUGGGGGACACUGGACAGAAAGGAGAGAAGGGGGAGCCAGGGGCCAGCGGCGGAUUCUUCAGCUCAAGUGUGCCUGGACCCCCAGGUCCCCCCGGCCCACCAGGCUACCCUGGGAUACCGGGUCCAAAGGGAGAGAGCAUCCAGGGCCAGCCGGGCCCACCCGGACCUCAGGGACCUCCUGGCAUUGGCUAUGAGGGGCGCCAGGGCCCUCCUGGGCCCCCAGGCCCCCCUGGCCCCCCGGGGCCCCCGUCAUUCCCUGGUCCUCACAGGCAGACUGUCAGUGUCCCUGGCCCCCCAGGCCCACCUGGCCCCCCAGGGCCCCCUGGAACCAUGGGCACCUCUUCAGGGGCUUGGGUCCCGCAGGUGAGGAUCUGGGCCACCUACCAGACCAUGCUGGACAGGGCACGAGAGCUACCCGAGGGCUGGCUCGUCUUUGUGGCUGAGAGGGAGGAACUCUAUGUACGGGUCCGAAACGGGUUCCGGAAAGUUCUGCUGGAGGCCCGGAUCCCUCUGCCAUCCAGCACGGACAAUGAAGUGGCUGUCCGCCAGCCCCCAGUGGUGCAGCUGCACGAGGGCAACUCAUAUCCCCGGAGGGAGCACUCCUACUCCACCGUGCGCCCCUGGAGAGCAGACGACACCCUGGCCAGCCCCCAGCGCCUCCCCGAUCCCCAGCCCUACCCUGGAGCUCCGCACCACCACGGCUCCUAUGUGCAUCUCCGGCCAGCCCGCCCCACAGCCUCACCUGCCCACACCCAUCAGGACUUCCAGCCGGUGCUCCACCUGGUCGCGCUCAACAGCCCACUCUCGGGCGGCAUGCGCGGCAUCCGAGGGGCCGACUUCCAGUGCUUCCAGCAGGCCCGAGCUGUGGGGCUGGCUGGCACCUUCCGUGCCUUCUUGUCCUCGCGGCUGCAGGACCUCUACAGCAUCGUGCGCCGUGCUGACCGUGGGACCAUUCCCAUCGUCAACCUCAAGGAUGAAGUACUGGCUCCCAGCUGGGAGGCCCUGUUUUCCGGCUCCGGGGGCCAGCUGAAGCCCGGGGCCCGCAUCUUCUCUUUCGAUGGCAGGGACGUCCUGAGGCACCCUGCCUGGCCCCAGAAGAGUGUAUGGCAUGGCUCAGACCCCAGUGGGCGCAGGCUGACGGAGAGCUACUGUGAGGCGUGGCGGACAGAGGCUGCUGGAGCCAUGGGCCAGGCAUCCCCACUGCUGGCGGGCAGACUGCUGGAACAGGAAGCCACAAGCUGCCGCGACGCCUAUGUGGUCCUCUGCAUCGAGAACAGUUUCAUGACCUCCUCCUCCUAAUAGGGUCUCUGCUGGCUCGGAAGUGCAUGGAGCCGGGCUCUCAGGACAGGCACAGGGCAGGGAGCACCUAGCCAACCCCCAGGACCUGGCUGGGACAUCUCUACACAGUCCACAUUUCAUGUAAUCCUCCAGAAAUAAAAGGAAGCCAAAGAGAGUAGUUUUCUAAAAGUUUACAACAGAAAGCCCGAUGCCAAGGCUUCCCGCCACUCCCCUGAUGGCCUAUGCUGGCCAGUCUGUCAGGGCCCAAAUCAGACCUCAGCUGGAUUUCAGCAAGAGGCUGACGCAGGACUUCCAGCCCAGAGACCUGUGCUUACCCCACCUGCAGGCUCCUGAGCUCCCGGGCACUGGGAAGGGCCCCCUGCCACUCUCCUGCCUCCACCUUGGCUGUGCACAAGACCCAGUCCCACUGGCAGACCAGCAAGAUGUCGGGUGCUGACACCUGGUCUGCAGGGCACCUGGGCCCCCCCCUCCCACUCAGGCUGUGCCAGAGGCAGACAGGCAUGGGCUUGCUCAGGUGGUGAACAGGACAGCCAGGCAUGGGGCAAGGGCCACCUCUCCUCGGCUUCCUGCACUCUACAGCAACCACAGUGCCCCCACUGGAGCAGAGUCCAAGCUCAGGGCCACAGCCACCCCAGGUCGGGCCAUGUUCCUCAACACUGUGCAGGGCCAGGAGUGUGGCUGGACUUGGUGUGUCUGCGGCUUUCCCCAGAGCCGGCCGACGUGGGGUCCUUCAGGCCUCUCCCUGGCUGGCCUCCCAGGUGACCCAAGACCACACCAGAUCUGAUUGGAACUUGACCCCAGCCAAGUCGGAGCAGGAGUUCUGUGGGGCUCACAAGUCAGGCUGUGGCUGUCCCAGUGCUCCGCUAUGCUCGGAAGUCCAGAAGUCUGGCAGUGUGUGUGCUCAGGGCCACGCUGGGCUGCCCACAGCCACAGUGCCAACACACCCCUACCUCGGGAUCUGCUGUCUGAGGACUGGGGGGCUGGUUCUGCCCCUGUGUGUUUCAAAGCCAUUUCAAAUAGGCACCAAAUAAAAUGCCCUUCCACGGA